GACUUGAAAAUGUUAUCAGUUCAACUGGAACCUCAGAGCAUUUCAUUUCUAUUAGAAUCGCAGACAAUUCCUAGCUCACAAAACCAACAAAAUGAACUUCACAAAGCUUUUCGUCAUUUUCACUAUUCUUAUUGUUGCCUUCGCUGGUCAAAGUGAAGCUGGUUGGUGGAAGAGAGUUUUCAAGCCAGUGGAAAAACUUGGUCAACGAGUUCGUGAUGCCGGUAUUCAAGGACUCCAAAUUGCUCAACAAGGAGCCAAUGUUCUGGCCACGGUUCGAGGUGGACCACCCCAACAAGGAUAAACAUGAUACACUAACUUAAUCCUAUUUAUUUAAUAUUUAUUACAUUUUAAUAUUAAAGUAAAUAAACUAUGAUAUGAAUUGGA